AUGAAUAUGUUGGAUGAUGAAGAUGACCAAAGCUUUCACGCUACGCGUGACGGCUACUCCCAUUUGAGCGAUGUUGAAUGGGAUGCGGUUAAACGGAUGGGUUCAACCAUGGGCAUCCAUGCUGUUAGCGUCAUGCUAGAGGCUCUCAAUAGAGAUGCCCAACAUGCUACUAUCGCCAAGUUCAUUCAAAAUGAACUUGACGAUGAACGCAAGAAAGUAGCCUUGCUUCACCAACAAGGUUCUCAACAAGCAGAGUUGUUGAGAGAACAGGGUGCUCAACAGUUUGAACUGUUGAGACAGCAGCAGGCUGCUGCUGGCGGGUCGAUGCACUCGCGUCGACCCGAGACUUUGAAGAUUGACAUCUCAAAGGCGCGUCGCAUCGACGACGGGGAUAUGCAAGUUGCAUUUGCCCAGUCAAAUCUGGCAGGACGUGCCAAGACUUGGGCACUGGGGCUCAAGUUGCACAACCCAUAUGCGUUUGGGUCGUUGGAAGGCUUCAAGUCGCGGCUCAGACAAACGUUUGAACUGCCUAGAGCUGAGUUCAGAGCUCGAACUGAACUCUUGAAGCUCAAGCAGGGUAAGCGUGAUGUGCACGCUUACGCUCAACAUAUACGACAUCUCACGAAUUGUAUAAGUUCCAAUCCGGUGGAUGAACACACGUUGGUUUCGGUGUUCAUGCAGGGUCUCGCGGAUGGUCCCGUCAAGACUCACCUGUUCCGGCUUGAACUAGAUUCACUAGAACAAGCCAUUUCCAUUGCGGAACAGGAAGACUUCAGUCUGAGACAGGCUCGCGCCAGCUCGACAUCAUAUCGUCAACCGAGACGAUAUGACAGCGGAGGUCCAGAGCCGAUGGAACUUUGUUAUGUAGAGAGCGAGAAGGCUCGCUCUACAGACUACAAGAAGUUGCAUAGAUGCAACAGAUGUCAAAAGACAGGACACUACGCGUACGAGUGUAGUGCCCGUCGUCCAGUGUCUCGCAACACUGGGCGUAGUGACCGUUCACCCAUGAGAAAGGGGCAGGGACGAGGGUCCGCUGUUGGUGCAAAGACGCAACAACGGGAUGGACCGUCAACAAACGGACAGGAUCAGUAG